CCUUCCCCACUUCUCUCUCUCUGUUGCUUUUUGAUUCACUUUUAGUCUCCAAUUCUCCAAUACUUCUUCUCUUCUACCAUUAAAUUAACUAAUUAAUUCUCCGACUUCUGAUUUUGAUUUUGAUUUUGAUUCUGAUUCUGAUUCAUCUCAAUUUGUGUGUUGAUGGACAAUCAAUUCUUCCUCGACGCUGCUGGAAUCCCUCCAUCGCUUCUGCAUUCUCCCAUGCCCGCAUGGCAGCAGCAGCAGCUUUCUUCCGCCAUGGAAGUUCAACUUCCUGAGCUCAACCACUGCUCUUCCUCCCACCAAUCUCCCGAUUGGGACAAGUCCCUUCCCGAUCGGACCUUCCACUUCGAUUCCGCUCUCAGUUCCAUGGUCUCUUCCCCUGCCGCCUCCAAUUCCAACCUCACCACCGACGCCUUCGUCAUCAGAGAAUUGAUCGGGAAAUUGGCCGCUAAUUCCGACGCCUCGCCCACUCUCUGUAAUUCUUCCACCGUCGCGGAAUUCGCCGCCGAUCCUGGAUUUGCGGAGCGCGCCGCUAGGUUUUCGUGCUUCGGAAGCCGGAGCUUCAAUGGCCGCACCGCCACCGCCACCGCCAAAUUGACGAACGAAUUCGCCAAUUACAGAUCUCACCUCUCGAUCGCGGACGAGAAAUUGAGCCGAGUUUCGAGCAGUCCGUCGCUGAAGGCGCUCGCGCUUGGAUCUGAAACGAAUUUGCAAGAACACAAGAACAAUUCUCCGCCGCUGGAAGAGGAAUCGUCGCUCUCGAAUCCGGAGAAGGCCUCGUCCAAUCCACGGAAGAGAAAAGCGGUUACGAAAGCGGCCAAACUCAAGGAACCGGUGGCUGAAGCUGCAAGCCCGAAGAAAUCCAAGGCAGCGGAAACGAAGGAAAUCGUGAAAUCAGAGGAAGAUUCGAAGAAAAUUAGCGACCGAAAUGUGGCAGAGGAGAAGCAAACGAAGGCGAAUUCGAAGCCUCCUGAGCCUCCAAAAGAUUACAUUCAUGUCAGAGCAAGAAGAGGCCAAGCAACCGAUAGCCAUAGCCUUGCUGAAAGAGUUAGAAGAGAGAAGAUCAGUGAAAGAAUGAAGCUUCUUCAAGAUCUUGUUCCUGGUUGCAACAAGGUUACUGGAAAAGCUCUCAUGCUUGAUGAGAUAAUCAACUAUGUUCAGUCAUUGCAACACCAAGUUGAGUUUCUUUCCAUGAAACUGGCUUCUGUCAAUACAACCACAACCAGGGUGGAUUUCAACGUGGAUUCUCUCCUCUCAAAACAAAUGUACCAAUCAAGCAGCUCUUUGACACAUGCUCAAAUUAGGCCUAUAGAUUCCUCAGCUUCAACUUUUUAUGGGCACCAAAAUCCCUCUCUCCCAACCACUUCUCAUUCUUCUGUGGACCCUCUUGACUCUGUUUUAUGCCUCAACCCCUUCCCCCAAAAUCCUCCCCAGUAUCCAAGUUUUGGGGAAGAUGAGCUCCAAAGCAUUGUUCAGAUGGGGUUUCUCCAAAAUCACACCCAAGAAAUGUCAUUGCAAUCUCACAAUUUCAACUUAGGCUCAGACCAAAUGAAAAUUGAACUCUGAUCUAUAAUCUAUUCAUUCAACACAUACAAAGAGGCUGCUGUUGUAAAUACAAGAGAUUAAAAAAGAAAAAAAAACCUCAUUUAUCCCUAGAAAUUCAGUUUGUCCUUUUUUAUUUAUGGGUAAUUUUCUCUGUUCUGUAUUUUAAUAUUGCUGUCUAAUUUUUAUUUUUUUUUAAUUUUGUGGGAUGGGAGAGGAAAGUUUCAACUUUUCUUACAACUUUCCACUGUAAAAUCUCUAGAAGCAAGUCUGUCCCUUUGGUGCAAAGUUGUACAGCACCACAUUGUAAGAUAAAAAGCAAAAAGAGGAAAAAAAAGGCUAAUUUGAAGGAUUAUGAUUAUUAUUAUUA